CCCAAAUAUACGCAUAAUCAUAGCACAACUAAUGUCUAAUUCUCUCUUCACCCACCCUACCACCUCGUUAGCCAACCACCCCAUCAGCCACCAUGGGCAUCCCCUACUCCCGCGAGAUCAACGCCGCGUUUGACCAAGUCACGCCUCUCGUGGCCGCGGGCUUCGAAGUGCUCCAGACGACAAAAAACAUCUCCAUCCUCCUCGCAGUCAUACAAGUCUUGACUGUGUUCUUCCUGGCUCUGAUUCUGCUGGCGUUGAUUGUGCUGUUGUAUUGUGUGAAUCCCGAUUUGGAGCAUGAGCGUCAGGCUCUUAUCACGCCCACACUGCGCUACAUCGCCAACAUAACGGUGUGGGGCCUGGUCCGCAGCAUGGUGUCUUUGACGGUGUUGUUUGUAGGAUCGGGUUGGAUAGCAUGGCGUCUCUUCUUGCUUGAGAGAUGGAUUGAGGAUGUGGAGUAUGAGGGGAAUGUUGAUGUGGACAAAGCGUUGGAGGACCUUGACGAUGCGAAGGGGAAGGCGGAUGUGGAUAAGGGGGUGAAUAAAGCGAAAGCAAAAGAGAAAGGGAAGAAGAAAUGAGCGAGUUGAAUCUGAGGAGAAUGAUGAUAGCGUGGAGAAAAAGCGAGUAGUGGCUAU